AUGGAAAGAUUCCUCGCAAACACGUCUCAACUGUUGAGGGAAGUCAAUGAGGCACAAGUCACCACGGACGAUUGCUUCUUCUACGCAGCCAGACGUCAUGGACAGCUUGCCGCCGCCCGAGCAGCUGCGAUAGCGUCAGGCUCGCCGUUCCGGUGGAUCCGAGUGAGCUCACUGGAAAACCGAAGAAACGCCUACCUCCAAGACGGCUAUCGAAAUCUUGAUGUACUUAACAGCGGUAGAGAUCUUCUCCUCCAGAUUUUUGAGGAGAAUCGCGAGAUUUUAGUUAGUUUUACAACUUUUUCAUUCUACAAUUUAUUUGAGUAUAGGGAGACAAUUAUCUCGAUGGUUUGGUUCCAUCGAGAAUAAGGGAUCUCAACGAGUUUCUCGAUCAACACGGCUUACAACGGAGAGUAGAACCGCCAAACCAGCAGCCGGUGCCUUACGUCGAAUCGGAGACAGAACAGGAGCCUGAUAGUGAACCAGAAGAUGAACAACAACAUGAGGUAUUCUUGGAAACAAUAAACUAGAUUUUCCAAAAUCUCUUCUUACGGAAAUGAUCAAGUGUAAAGAACGAAAUUUGAGUGAAUUUUUUAAUCAAACUCAUAAAAAACUGGGUAAUCCAAGCGUUUUGUGCACCUGGAAGAUGCUCUAUUUUAUUCCAAGAGUUUUAUUUUUUCAUUUCAAAAUUUCAUCUUGGCAGCCAGAUGAUCCAGAAACAGCUGGCAAUUUGGGGGGACCUCGCUUGCCUCGGCCAAUCAUUCAAUUGGAGCCACAACCUCAACCAGAACUGCAACUUGAGCAAGAGCCAGAGCCACAAUUGGACCGUCAAGAACAGGUAUAUACAGGAAUCAAAGGAAUCAAUCAAACUAUAUUUUCGUCAGAAUGUCAGCGGAGAUUUGAUAACUCAGCCAAUUAUGCAGUUAGAGCCGCAACCUCAACCGGGACUGGAGCUGGAGCACGAGCCGGAGCAACUCUUAGAACCUCACGAACAGGUAAUUUUCAAGAAUAAUUCAGAGAAUAAUUUUUUUUCUAAUGGAAAAAAGGAUAAAAUAUUCAUGGAGAUUAGUUGAAAGAUACAUUUCAGAAUGUUGUCGAUGUUGUUGGCACUGAGCAGGAAGCAUCACAGCGAGAUUCUCAACUUGAGCUGCAGCCGAAGGGAUCGAGGCUUAAUCGAAAACGGCAGACGGAGAUUCAUCUGGAGCGGCAAGCCAAAAGAAAAUCGACAGUUGGGCUGGAGAAGCACAUUGAACCGGGACCCGGAACAGAGGUAAUUAUCACGGUUCUAGCAAAAUUUAUGAUUUAUAACUUAUGAAGCCUUGUAAAGUAUAUCAAGUCAACUAAUUCUUCAAGUCUUUCGGAGUUCUGUAAUUUUUUUUGCGAAGAUGAAACACGUGAAAUUUUUUUGCAUUACCCUACAAAGUUUCUUACGCAAGAGAUUGAGAGGGACUGGACUUUCAAAUGAUGUGUUUGCAGGUAAAAAAGUCCAACCUAAAAAAAAUCGGAAUUCUAGAUGUAUGCGCAGAAAAACAAUUUUCUAAUUAAAAAAAAAGUAACAUCUUGAAUCAAAACUUAGCAAGAAAAAACAAGCUAUCGCACAAAAAUCACGCUGUGUUUGUAUAUGCCGUAUGAAAAAGUCUAAACCUAUACAACUCCGCAGUUUUUGAUAAAUAAAAUAAUAAAGUCGUUGCGAAUCUUCGAAAACCUUUGAAAGGCUUCUUUGGGGCCUUCAGCCUUUCUGAUUCGACAACUAAGAAGUCGGGACGGUUGAGACUUGAAUGAUUUUUUUUGGUGAACCGAGGAGCUUUCUGGCCAAUCAGCAUAAAUUUUUGAAACGCCAAGUAAAAGGACUUUCCCUGUAAGAGGAGGAAAAUUAUAAGAUACUGAACUAUCACAGAAAAGUAAGGAGACUUUGAAAAGAUUGAGCCAAAUUUUCAAGCCCUUUUUCUCUUAACCUUCAUAUUAUUUAAGUUACAGGCUGAGGGUACCAAGAAACAAGCCGAGCUGUCUCCCGCGAAAGAUGUGACUCCAGUCAAAGACGACUCGUCGACAUAA